UAUCUUUGGGUUAUCGUUUGAAAGAAAAAGGAAUGCAGAGUUUUAAGGAAGAUAUAGCCUUUGUUUGUUUACACAUAGAAUGAGCAAAAAGCUUGGCUUUAGAAAGGCUCUGGAAACUAAACUAAAGAAAUCACAAGUAGCUGCAAAGAAGAAAGCAAUAAGCAUAUUUACAGCAAUGUCUGUUGCUCAUGUCGAUGAGGAAGAGGCUGGUUCUGGUGAAGUUCGCCAUGUUGAACAAGUACUUCCAAAGGGUGACUUUUAUAUAGGGGAAUGGUGCGAUGGUUUGCCUCAUGGGAAUGGAAAAUAUUUAUGGACUGAUGGAUGCAUGUAUGUUGGUGAAUGGUUUAAGGGGAGGAUCAUGGGGAAAGGGAAGUUCUGUUGGCCUUCAGGUGCUACCUAUGAAGGUGAAUUCAAGAGUGGUUUUAUGGACGGUCAAGGAACUUUUACAGGUUUUUCAGGAGACUCGUAUAAAGGUUCUUGGGUUAUUAACCUUAAACAUGGACAAGGGAUUAAGAAUUACUACAAUGGGGAUUACUACGAAGGCGAAUGGCGAAGUGGACACCAGGAAGGACAAGGGAAAUACCAAUGGCAAAAUGGGAACCGUUAUGAUGGUGAAUGGAGGAAUGGGUUAAUGAAUGGGAAUGGAAUAAUGGUGUGGAGUAAUGGGAAUAGUUAUGAGGGUUCUUGGGAGGAUGGUUUUCCUAAAGGAAAUGGGACUUUCAUUUUUCCAGAUGGGAGUUUUUAUGUUGGCAUUUGGAGUAAGGAUGGUAAGGAAAUGAAUGGAAGUUACAAUCCUUCUGAUUCUUCAACGGAGAAUCCGGAUUGGGAUCCUCGAGUGGUAUUUUUGGAGUAUUUGAAAGAAUGUAAGAUAUGUCCGGGUGAGAGGAUGUCGAUUUUGCCAUCAAAAAAGAUGCCACAUUGGCCUGGAAUGAGAAAAAGUACUGAUGGGAGGCAAAGGAGAAUGUCAGAUGGGAAGUUAAAUUGUAGGAGUUGGAGUUCUGAUAUGCAUGAUGUUUCAGCUACUAGUGAAGGGGAUUCCAAGGAUGGUGAUGAUGGAAUUGAAAGUCUUUGUCUUGAAGAUUCAAUUUCAAGAGGGAGUUGCAUACAGUUUAAGAUGUCGGCGACGAGGCAGGGGCAAACGAUAUGGAAAGGUCACAAGAAUUAUGAGUUAAUGCUCAAUUUGCAACUUGGUAUCAGACACUCAGUUGGAAGACCAGGUCCAGCUAUAUCCCUUGAUCUGAAGUCUUCGGCUUUCGAUCCUAAGGAAAAAGUAUGGACCAAAUUUCCACCCGAAGGAUCCAAGCACACUCCGCCUCAUCAAUCUAGCGAAUUCAAGUGGAAGGAUUAUUGUCCACUUGUGUUCAGAACCCUUAGGAAAUUGUUCGAUGUGGAUGCAGCUGAUUACAUGAUUUCAAUAUGCGGGAAUGAUGCCCUCCGAGAACUAUCAUCCCCCGGAAAAAGUGGAAGUUUCUUUUACUUGACCAAUGAUGACAAAUACAUGAUAAAGACAAUAAAGAAGGCGGAAGUAAAAGUGCUCCUAAGGAUGCUUCCGGCCUACUAUAAUCAUGUUCGGUCCUUUGAGAACACUCUAAUCACCAAAUUUUAUGGUCUUCAUUGCGUGAAAUUAACCGGGACAGCUCAGAAGAAGGUACGGUUUGUUAUAAUGGGGAAUCUGUUAUGUACUCAGUACACCAUUCAUAGGCGCUUUGACUUGAAAGGUUCAUCCCACGGUCGCACAACUUCUAAACCUGAAUCAGAAAUUGAUCCGUCGACAACCCUCAAAGACCUUGAUCUCAAUUAUUUAUUUCGGUUGGAGAAAUUCUGGUUUGAAGAGUUCUGCAGGCAAGUUGAUAAAGAUUGUGAAUUGCUCGAACAAGAGAGAAUUAUGGACUACAGUCUUCUGAUCGGUUUUCACUUUCGAGAAGUUCCCACACCUCUUACUUCUGGAGCAGUUACUCCUACUGGAAAUGGAGACCAUGAAAGUGAAGAAGCUCCUCGACUAUCUCAAACCGGAAAGGAUCAGGCCGACAAUGAACCCUCAGGGUGGACAUCUAUUCGAUUAGGUAUAAACAUGCCUGCACGGGUCGAAAAGACGGUGAGAAAAAACGAUGAAACUCAGCUUGUUGGGGAACCAACUGGUGUAUGCUAUGAUGUUAUCCUCUUUUUUGGUAUAAUCGACAUCCUACAAGACUAUGAUAUUACCAAGAAGCUUGAGCAUGCAUAUAAAUCAAUGCAAUACGAUCCAACUUCAAUUUCAGCUGUCGAUCCAAAGCAAUACUCAAAACGCUUUCGGGAUUUCAUCUUCAAAGUUUUCGUAGAGGACACUUGAAAAGAUACGUUUGACACAGAUCUUCAACUUGGAACCAGUGUCCAUUCAUGUACAUUUGAUUGUUUUCCGGAGAUGCGAGUGCUUAAAAGCCAAAAGGUAAUCGUUUCUCGAUCAUGUGAACGACCAUGGAGGAUGAUCUACGACCACACAGGACACGGCUUCAUAACUCGGGAUUAGGUUAUCGUCCUCUCUUCAUCUCCCUUAUUUUACAGUUGCAGAUAAUAUAUAUAUAUGUUAUAGUGAAAGGUUUAGGUUAAUAUUAAAAAUCAGAGUCACUAAAGCUUGAUUCAAGGUGUAAAUGAAUUGAAAUGGUGAAAACAUAGACAUCGGGGUCGAAUUCUUUCCUUGAACUGAAAAUCAUUUCCUUCAGAGGCUG